AACCCUGCACCGCAUGCACCGCAUGCACCGAGGAAUGCAAGCAGCUCAAAAUUGAAGCUGAACUCUUAAAUUCAGGCAGUACAAACCAGACCACAACAGCAUAUUACUGGAAGGAAAAGUCAGCAGUAAGUUAGUGCAGUGACUCUGCAUUUUGUAGGCAAACGCGGCAGCCAAUUUGCAGAGAGCAGCAUGAAGUGAAUGAUUUAUUUUAUUUGGGGGAUUUUUGGCCAAAUCACUCCCGUCUCUUUCUAAUUAGUGCUGCUAUUAGAGUUCAGCCUAAAUCUGAGUGAGUUGAAAGUUCCGACGUUGGACUUGAACGCACAUUCACGUGGCUCAAGAGGAGAGCGAGUGCGAGCAAUACAGCCAGGCUGACAGAGAUGGGAAAGAAGCUGCUGCUGAUGGAUGUUGACUGUGGGGUGGACGAUGCCCAGGCUAUAAUGAUGGCUCUGGCGGCUCCCAACGUCCAGCUCCUGGGGAUUACCUGUUGCCACGGAAAUACCUCAAUUGACAACGUGUGCAAAAAUGUGCUUCGGGUCUUGAAAGUCUGUCACAGGAUGGAGAUCCCCGUGUUCCGAGGUGCGUGUCUCUCUCUCCUGGGUGACAAUCUUCACGCCAGUGUUUACCACGGGAAGGAUGGGUUGGGUGAUGUUCCGGAUCCCAGCGCUCCGGGUCUGGAGCAGGUACAGACUGAGCACGCUGUGAAUGCCAUGAUCAGGAUCGUCGCUGAGCAUCCCGGGCAGGUCUCUCUUGUAGCUAUUGGCCCCCUGACCAAUGUGGCUCUGGCUGUUGAGAUGGACCCCACCUUCCCUUCCAAACUGAAACACUUGUACAUCAUGGGAGGAAACAUGCAAGCCAGAGGGAACGUGAGCGUGUGCGGGGAGUUUAACUUCGUCACAGACCCCGAAGCUGCUUAUGUGGUCCUGAAACAGUUCAAAUGUCCCACCUACAUCGCCACCUGGGAAUUCUGCCUCCAGCAUUCCCUUCCUUGGGAGUUUUUUGAAGAUUUGGUGAACCAAGACACUCAGAAGGCUCGUUUCAUGAAGCAAAUAACCGCACAGAGCACAGCGUUUGCUAAAAACAAGCAAAGCAUGAAGAAGAUGUAUUUCAAGCCUGGCUUUGUGUCCUGUGACUCCUACGCCGUGGCUGCCAUAAUUGACGAGAGCGUAGUAACGGAGUGGGAAGAGUGUGGAGUAAGUGUGGAGUUACAGGGCUCGCUGACCAGAGGUAUGAUGGUCCUGGACACCCUCGACCUGCUGAAGAAAGAAUCUCGAGCUUUUCUGAUGAAGAAAUGUGACGUAGAAAAGUUUCAACAGCUCAUGAUGUCUAUUCUGAAAUAGAUCACAUAUCUGUCUCUCUGUUGGGGUUUUGCUGGAGUCAAUAGGGGAGAAAUUAUUUCCAUCGGUAAAUGAGUUAGUGACUAAAGGGCAUUGAUUUAAGACAGUUAGUAAAUGGGGAGGUUAAGAGGAUUUUUUUUCACACACACAGUAGUUCAGACAUGGAAUACGGUAGUUGAGGCUAAAUCCAUAUGAACUUUCAAAAGGUAACUUGAACAACUUCAAGUUAUUGUGAUUGUUGUAGAUAAACACCUAAAAGGGAGUAAACAAUAGGGGUGUGGGCGGAAAGAGCAGGUAAAUGGGAUUGAAAGGAUUGUUAGAAGACCCAGGACAGACACGAUGGGCUAAAUGGCCUUCUGUGCUGUGAAUAUCUAUGUUGACAAGAUCUCUCGAGACAUUUCUCCUGGCCAAAACAAUACCCUCCUGAUUAAUUGGUCAUUCACCUCAGGUCUGUUUGUGGGUCAUUGCUGUGUGCAAAAUCCCAGCCUCCUGCUAUAAGUCACUUCUCCACUGGAGCUCACUUCGCUAAUCCCCCAAUUGCUAGUAAUCUCUUUGAUCUGUUCGAACAUGUUAGAAAAAUGUAAUUUGAUAUGUUUCUUAUCCUCAUUAAAAGGUUCUUUUUAUGAA